GGGCGCUCGCACUCGCACGGAUACUCACGUACACCGCCGCGGCGACCGUUUUUGUCGUCUGCGUCGUACGCGCGCGCUUACCUACUCCACGCGCUCACGGACGCGCCGCCGCCGCCGCGACGACACAUCGUUUCACGUACACGCACACGCGCGCUCUGCAAACCUCGGUGUACGAACGUUGCACGGACGCGCGUCGCACGCAUCCGAUCGCUACGCCGCGCGUAGCACGGCGGACCGACCACUGUUGUACGCGGCACGCGCACACCGCCGCCGGGCCACGUCGCGCGCGCACAUACACGCCGCACACGCACGGCAACCCGGAAUAAUGCCAAAUGGCCAAAUCGCCGGCUGCGACGCCGUCGUCAAACGCACCGCCGCCGCCGUCACCGCCGUCCAUCGUCACCGCCGCGUCACCACCGUCGCCGCACCGUCAGCACUACCAGCACCAGCACCAGCAGCGAUACUCGCACCGUCGGCAGCCGGCCGGCGGUGGCGGUGGCCGCGGGCAACGCGACGCGUACGACUACGACGACGUGGAGAUCAAACUCAAGAGCAUCGAACACACGCUGUUGCCGCUCGUCAAACAGAUUUCGACAUUGGUGGCGCACAGGGAACGACCGUUCUGUACGGAACGGACGGCCAGGGCGAUCGCCAGGGUCGGGCAAGGGGUGAACUUGGCCAUCGAGCGGUUCGUGACCGUCGGCGAGACCAUUGCGGACGACAAUCCAGAGAUAAAAGCCGACAUGUAUCAGGAGUGCAAGGAGGCAAGGGCGGCAGGUGCUUCCAUCGAAAAACUAUGCGAAGCCGUGUUUGAAGAUUCAAUCAAUGAUCGAGCGUCAGUGAUAAGAGCUGCUCGAUGCUUAUUGAAUUCUGUCACUAGAGUGUUAUUGUUAGCCGAUGUAGUAGUCGUGAAGCAAUUAAUUUCAGUUAAAGACAAGGUGUCACGAAGUCUGGGCCGCCUUGAAGGUGUCAACAACUUUACGGAGUUCGUCAAAGCCUUCAGUCAUUUUGGCACCGAAAUGGUAGAGCUGGCGCACCUGACGGGCGAACGGCAAAAUGACCUGAAAGACGAACGGCGGCGGUCUCAGAUUGCCGCGGCCCGGCAGGUACUCGAGCGGUCCACUAUGUUGUUGUUAACUUCGUCUAAGGCGUGUCUGAGGCACCCGGACAGCUCGGAGGCCAGCCAAAACCGAGACACGGUAUUCUGCCAGAUGCGCAGGGCCAUGGACCUGAUCCAUUACGUGGUCAAAGAUGGCGUGAAGGAGAGCGACGGCGAGACCAUGGCCCUGACACCGUACGUAUCGGAACAAGACGGUGGCGACACACUUGGCCAUGCGCUCAACGCUCUGGACUCGUUUGUCGACAUGACGAGGCUGACACUCGUCUUGAGCGAAAAAGAAACCCUUCUGCGCACCAUGGACGUCAUUAUGGAACGCACGCAGGACUUCACGGAUAGCGCGUAUACUAGGCACGAGCAUCGUGAAAAUAUACUGACGCUGUGCGACCGUGUUAAAACCCACCUGGAUCAGUUAAUCAGAGCCGGAGCUAGACUGGAACAGUGUGACGAAUAUUCACCUACGAAAUCCCUGGAAGUUGCUGUCAACCAAUGUCUAGAUGCUACUAAAGAACUUCGAGUUCAGUUGAUAGCCACUUGCAAAGAACAAUCGCAUGACCUACCUUUAAUAAUUCGGACAGGAUACGACCUCGUAACGUUCAUACAGACCACGGCUUCCGACGGAGACAUCGACAGUCUUAACAAGUAUGGUGAUCAAUUCGUUGAGGUCAUCGACCAAAUUGGAGAAAUUUGUAAGGUAUUAAGGCACAUAGCGACUACAGAAGCACUUCAGGUUUCUGCGAAACAUGCUGAAGUCAAUUUACGAGUGUACGCGCCUCAAAUCGUUACUGCGGCUCAAGCAUUAGCUCACUAUCCUUGUUCGAAAAUCAUAAAAGAAAAUCUAGAAGUAUUCGCUGAUAUGUGGCAAGCGUUAACUCAAGAUGUGUCUACAGUUUGCAAAGAAAUCAUGGAAAAACAACUACCGGAAAAACAAACGUACAUGUCGCUCCCCAGGCCUGGCAAACACGGUACGACGACGAAACCGCUGAAGUCCGUCCGACUGGACUUAUCGGAACAGGAUCAGAUCGCCAAAGCCGGUUUGGAAAUGAAACUGGCGUCCAGCGAAGUAGAAGCCGAGGCGGACCGGUGGGGUGGCGCGGGGGAGGAGGACGACGCGACCAACGAGGAAGGCGCCAGCGUGGACGAACGAGGUAACGUGGCCAAAGCGCACGAAGACAACGAUAUCGUGCGCAGGGCGAAGAACAUGUCCGGCAUGGCGCUGAGCAUGUACGAGUUCACCAAAGGCGACGGCGGGUCGUCGCUGAGGACCACGCAGGAUCUGUUCACGCAAGCCGAGUACUUGGCCGAGGAGGCGAACAGGCUGUACAAGCUGGUCCGACAAUUCUCGUACCAGGUGCCUAUGGGUGCAAACAAAAAAGAACUACUGGAACAGUUGGAUCAAGUCCCAACGUACGUGCAACAAUUGCAGUUUACAGUAAAAAUGCCUACUGUGGGUAAAUCCGCUACUUUUUCAAAAGUCGACAGUGUUAUUAACGAAACUAAAACGUUAAUGAAUGUUAUAUCAAAAGUAGUUACAACUUGUUUCGUCUGUGCUACCAAAUACAACUUGGACUUCCAAGGGCUAUCGACCAGGAGCGGUGGCUUUGGAGAUCGUGGUGAAGACGGUAGCGGUGCCGGUUCCGGAGGCGAAGGUGGCAAAAUGAGUGGUGGAUCAGGCUCGGAUGGAUCCAUGUGACAGUUCGGGAUGGGGCGGAGGAGCAAAGGGGAUGGUCGUCGCACCCGCGUGUCAUUCCUGCUCUUCUGAGCCCGUGCUACAUAAGCGAGCACAAAGCCCAUAGACUAUUUACAUGGCUUCCAAUCCCCAUAUAACCAAUACUACAGGAAAAUUACUUGCGGUAUUUGGAUUACCGGAAAGUUACCGGAUAAGUUUCGCUCAACAAAUAAAAGUAUUAUAACAAUAAUAUUUACACAUUGUACUUGUCUAAUGUUUCCUCGUCAUCGCCACUACGUCAUCGUAACAGCGUCGGGAGAGAACGAGCCCGGCCACAUGAUCGAUCGAAGCUGCGCAACGGCAUAUAAUAUUGUAACGUUUACCCAAAAUGAGUAUCGAUCAUAAUAUUUUAAUGUUCGCAUCCAUUCAUCGUGUUCGCCAUUGUUGUUGAAUUAUAUUUUUCGAUCGACAACGAUUUACCAAAGAGUUUUAAUCAUUCAGGGAGCGCUUCUACUAUUCGAGGACCCAGACAAUAUUGUAUAAUAUUAUUACAUUUUUUUGUCAUUUGUUUCUCGUGGGAUUAUGUUGUGUAAGAAGAAACAGAAUCGGACGGAAUAAUAAUUACACGCAGUUUACUGUUUAUCAAGUGUUACGACAAAAUGACGCGUUCACAGUUUAACAGACAAUAUAUUAUAUGCUCAUGUCUUGAGCGAAAAGCAAUAUAUACAUAUAUUACAAUGUUUAUUAUACGAAUAAUUUUCAAUACAUUUUUAAUUUUUUUUUUUAAUCAUUGCUAUAAAACAUCACUUGAAAUAUAAUUAAACUUAAGCACAAUCUUAAGCUUAUAGACAAUCAGGCAAUAUAAUUAUUUAUUAGGACACAGUUAAGAAAGAUCCAUCUGACAUCGCGAAAUGUACAAAUACGAAUAAAUGAAUAAUAAAACGGUGUUCAUUAGGAUAUCUUUUACGAUGGGCUCAACCUAAUAUAAUCGCUCAUGUAUUGAGUAUACGGUUUGUUUUGAUAUUUACAUCGUUCAGCUUUCGAGUAAUAAAAACUAAUAAUCAAUCACAUAGGUGUAUUAUACAUAGUUUUUUUUUUUUUUUGCAUCUACCUCUAAUGUUAAACAACCGUUUGAUAAAUAAAUCGAAUUUUUUUUAGCAAUGAAAAUGUGUAAAUUUCGAAAGACUAUUCACUAAAUUUACUCCCGAGAUGUUAAGACAAUGGUCUUCCACUCACAAAAAAAAAAAAAUAAAAUAUAUUUCCAUGUCAACAAAAUUCAAAGUAGAAUAUUAAGCUAUGUCUUCCCCAAAUUGUGUUCCAUUGCCCUAUAACUUCCCGUGUGUUUUAACUUAUUAGACAUAACGAUCUCUAAAUAAAAAUUAGUUUUUGAUCAAUAUUUUAUUAUGAAUUAAUUAUUUUAAUAAACUUUGGAACAAUUAUGGCGUUUCAUUUAAAUGCCAAAUUUUAAAAAUUCGUUCAUCUUUUUUGGCUUUACACAUUUUUUAUCGACCUUUAAAAAUGAUUUUGUAAAUAUAUAUACGUUAGACUGUGCCAAAUUUUUGCAAUAGUUUGAUCAAUUUUAAAUCAUUUAUAUGCCGUGUUAUUUGUAUGUAUAUUUAUUAAAAAAAUAAUUUGUUAUUACGAGUGAACAAUUUGUAUUUCUAACACGUUCACCGCAUUAUUACUAACGAGAACGUAUUCAUAUUACAAAUAGACACUGCGCGUAACAUUCGUAUAAGAACAAAUGUCGUUUGCUUUGAACUGAUGUCCAAUUAACCGUGUACAUAAAAAAAAAAAAAAAUCGUUGAACGAAUUACAUUCUAAGC